CUCGUUGUUAAAUCCCUAUUUCUACAGUCUAAUUUAAUUUCUACCCAAUAGUUUUCAAAACGUUUUACCACCUAUGAUUGUAUUUUAAAGGUUGUGAAAUUGUCAUUAUCAGCGGUUCAAUGCUAACCCUAGGCGUGUGUUUGGUGCGGUCAAAGUUGAUCCUCAGAACAGCCAAGAUACGAUAUCUUAGUUGAUAGUGGUAGAGUGAAGUUGUUCUACAAAGGAAACAGUGUACAAGCGUUCACCAGGGCUCAAGUGGAUCGUUGCUAACGGCAACCUAGUUUGGGCACCCCGCGGAAACUUGGAAAUGUGUUGCCAAACGAUACGGUGCAUUGAUUUCUGUAGAUGCUAGCGGCAGUCAGCAAUAAGUGCGAAAGGGACGGGUUACUGCGAAUUCACGAAACCGGAUCGAACACCCGGUGGCAGUAUUCUACGCGUAAAUACUUGCGUGGAGAAACUUGCGGUGACCUAAAAACAAACGUUGCUUGUCUUGUUCGUCUUGUUCCGUGCGCCGUUGCGGGAACAACUCAACCAUUCAGGACCGAGCGGUCCAACGGAUAUACAAGAGCAAGCACAAGGUUACAAGCUGGUUUCUGCACCCGAAUGAAGGCGAAAAGAACAAACCACCACAACAGCGAGAGCGUAAAAGUCGCCGCAUGACAUCAUCGUCGCGGUUCUUCAUCACGCGAAAAUAAACACUCGACAAAAACAAGACUGUAAAGUGCUGAGGAUACCGAAAUCGGGAAUCAUCAUUCAAUGUUGAUCGCGAACCGCGAAGUGGAGGGCAAAAGCAAACUGUAGUGAAUUGUAUCUCGUAGAAUUCUUCCCUCAAACGCGUUUCAAAAACACCAUCUGUUGGAUUAUGACCACUUCUAGCCGACUACCAAAGUUCCUCAAACCGGAUGACGAAUCGUUUGCGUCGGAACGGGACGCCGCACCAACGGAUGACCACGUAACGUCGUUCGUCUUCAACGCUCAUCAAUCGCUGAACUUAGCCGCGCAGCGUGAACGCCUCCCGAUACGCCAGUACCGCGAUCAGAUCCUGCACUGUCUCGAGAACCACCAGACGCUCGUACUGGUCGGCGAAACCGGAUCCGGCAAAAGCACCCAAGUACCGCAGUAUCUGUACGAGUUCGGAUGGCAUACGAAAGGCCUGAUCGGCAUUACCGAGCCGCGCCGCAUAUCGGCCAUUACGCUGGCCGAUCGCGUCGCUACGGAGCGGGGCGAACUGUUCGGCGAAACGGUGGGCGUCUCGAUCCGCUUCAUCUCCAAGUGUGACCCCGAGCGGACGAAAAUCAAAUACAUGACCGAGGGCAUCCUGUUGCGCGAGAUGCUGGCCGACCCGCUGCUCACGCAGUACGGUGUGAUCAUGCUGGACGAGGCGCACGAGCGCAGCACACUUACCGACACGGCGCUCGGCCUACUGAAGAAGAUCGCCCGUAAGCGACCGAACCUGCGGAUCAUCAUCUCGUCGGCGACGGUCGAUGCGGAGAUGUUUCGUGACUUUUUCAACCUGAAAUCGAAGGGCGGCAAGGACACGUCCGUCAUUCUCACCGUCGAGGGGCGCAUGUAUGCGCAGGAGAUCUUCUACCUUCAGGAACCGUGUGCGGAUUAUGUGAAGGAAACGGUCGCGACGGUCAUGAAAAUUCAUCGCACCGAACCACGGGGUGAUGUGCUGGCGUUUCUGACCGGCCAGGAGGAGGUGCUGAGAGCGGUCGAUCUGUUGCGGGAACACCUGGAGAUGGGCGGCAAGGAUGACAUGCAGAUUCUGCCCAUGUACGGCACGCUGGCGAACUCGGACCAGCUGAAGGUGUUCUUCACGGCGCCGAAGGGCGUGCGGAAGGUGGUGCUGGCAACGAACAUUGCGGAGACGUCCGUAACCAUCCCGGGGAUUGUGUACGUGAUCGAUUGUGGGUUCGUGAAACUUAAAUGGUACUCGGCCGACAGCACGACCGAUAGUCUGGUAGUGGUUCCGGUGAGCAAGGCCGCCGCGGAACAACGUGCCGGAAGGGCGGGACGCAUCCGCAGCGGUAAAGUGUACCGGCUCUACACGGAAGAGGGGUGGGAAAAGUUACCCGAUCACACGCCACCCGAGAUGCGUCGAUCGGAUCUCUGCAGUACGGUGCUGUUCCUGAAAGCGCUCGGUAUCGAUAAUAUCCUGCGGUUUACCUUUCCCUCACCCCCGCCGGCAAAAAACUUACUCGCCUGCCUAGAGACACUGUACGCCCUCGAGGCGCUCGAUGAGGACGGCUCACUGACAUCACCGAUCGGGUACUUUCUCGCCGAAAUGGCCAUCCCUCCGAUGAUGGCGAAAAUGCUGUACAAGGCGGGUGAGAUGGGCUGCUCGGAGGAGAUCGUGAUCAUCAUUGCGAUGAUGCAGGUGCAGUCGGUUUUCUCGAAACCGGCCGGUGGACAGGCGGCGAUUAGGGGGCGCAUUGCCAAGCGCAACUUUGAAGUGGCCGAGGGUGACCUGAUCACGCUGUUGAAUGUGUACUGUGCCUUUGUGGAGGCAGGCCGCACGAAGGAGUUCUGCGGACGUAACUUUCUCAUCUACCGCAACCUGAAGCGAGCGCAUGAGAUCAAAACGCAGCUAACGGGCUCGCUCGAGAGGGAGCUGAAUGUUCCGCUACUAUCGUGCCAUGGGAAUGUCGAGACAAUCUGUCGGUGUAUCGUGGCCGGGUUUUUCCCGUACGCUGCGUACCUUCAUCAUUCCGGCGUGUAUCGGACGGUGCGAGGUAACACCGAGUUAAGCAUCCAUCCGUUGUCCGCCCUGUACACCGAGCAGCAGCCCCAAUGGGUCAUCUUCUGUGAGUUGAUUCAUACGACCAAGCUGUUCAUGAAGGAUAUCACCGUGAUCCAACAACAUUGGUUGACGGAGAUUGCGCCCCAUUACUACCACAAAGUGACUGUACACGACAGAUUUUGAGAAAUGUUUCGUGACUUGGACCUUAAACAGCCCAAUAA